CGACCCAGCCCAGGCUGCCUGCCUGCCUGCCAUCUCGAGGUCGAGGGAUCCAGCGAGCGGAGCGGAGCGGACGCGGACGCCACCCGCGCCCGCACACCUACGCGCAGGCGCAUACACCAACGACGCCGACCACUUCCAGGGAGGGAAACCACACAACCGGACCCGACCCCCCGACGCCCCCGAGGCGAGGGCGAGGGCGAGCGGUGAGCCGGCCGGGGCGGGGACCAAGGGGGAUCCCCUCGGCGGCGGCGGCCAUGGGUGCGCCCUCCCCGGCGAUGUGGGCCGGGCUGGUGCUGGUGGCGUUAUUGGCCGCAUCGGGGCCGGCGGCGACAGCGGCGGCGGGGCUGCCGAGGUUCGCCGAGGCGCCCGAGUACAGGAACGGGGAGGGGUGCCCGGCCCCGGUGGCGGGCGCGGGGGUCUGCGACCCGGGCCUGGUGCACAUCGCCAUGACGCUCGACGCGCACUACCUCAGGGGCUCCAUGGCGGCCAUCUACUCGCUGCUCAAGCACGCCUCCUGCCCGGAGUCGCUCUUCUUCCACUUCCUCGCCGCGGAGGGCGGCGGCGCGCCGGCCGUCGCCGACCUCCGGGCCGCCGUGUCCGCCUCCUUCCCGUCCCUGCGCUUCGAGAUCUACCCGUUCCGCGCCGACGCGGUCGCCGGGCUCAUCUCCGCGUCCGUGCGCGCCGCGCUCGAGGCGCCGCUCAACUACGCGCGGAACCACCUCGCCGACCUGCUCCCGCGCUGCGUCCCGCGCGCGAUAUACCUCGACUCCGACGUGCUCGCCGUCGACGACGUGCGGAGGCUCUGGGAGACGCGCCUGCCCGCAGCCGCGGUCGUCGCCGCGCCCGAGUACUGCCACGCCAACUUCUCCCGCUACUUCACCGAGGCCUUCUGGAACGACCCCGUCCUCGGCGCCAGAGUCUUUGCUGGCCGCCGCCGCGCGCCCUGCUACUUCAAUACGGGCGUCAUGGUCAUCGACCUCCGGAGAUGGCGCGUUGGCAACUACCGCCAGCGCAUCGAGCGCUGGAUGGAGAUGCAGAAGGAGAAAAGAAUCUACGAGCUUGGCUCCUUGCCCCCCUUCUUGCUCGUCUUCGCCGGCGAGAUUGAGGCUGUCGACCACCGGUGGAACCAGCACGGCUUGGGCGGCGACAACGUCUUCGGCAGCUGCCGCCCUCUCCAUAACGGGCCCGUCAGCCUGAUGCACUGGUCCGGGAAGGGCAAGCCAUGGGACCGUCUCGACGCCGGCAAGCCUUGCCCGCUCGACCACACCUGGAGGUCGUACGACCUCUACAUUGGCGAGAAUGAUUCAUCAUCAGCAUCAGGGCCGUCCCGGUCAGCCUUGUCAUCAUCGGCGGCAUGGUAGAAGUUCAGAUAUACACACAAUAAUUCUUUGAUUUGGGGAUGCCGUGGUUCUUGGCCGGUAAUGGAAUUGCCUUGCAAUGCAUUGCCACUGCUGCCACAGCUGCUGCUGCUGCUGCAAGUCAGCUGCCGCCUUCGGCUGUACAGGGGAGGGGCGGUAUACAGAUUGCAGCAGCAGCAAGGGGAUGAAGACAGUGAAUAGGGGGGGAGCAAAUUCUUGUUCAUUUUGCACUAUGAUUCGGAUUGAUUCAUUAGGCUCUGGUUUGGAGGUUGUGACUAUCAUGGGUUGGAAGGAAAAUUACUUGAUUGGUGGUGUACAAUUCUUGGAUAGGAUAAAGGUUUCAGUUUUUGGUCUAUUAGUUCAGAAUUGUUUCAUUUACAUGUCUAUUCAGUACACUCGUAUAAUAUGGAUUUAAUUAAAUUGAUUUGGAACAAUUCGAGUGCA